GAAAGAAUCUGACCCUAUAUGGACAGAGCAAUGACAUAAUGUCAUUGGGACAGAGAUAGAUUCCGGCCUGGUAUAUGAUAUCGUAUGAUGGCAAAUAAUAAUUAACCCAGCCAAAUUAGCAUUGCCUGUUAUAUGACCACUCUCAGAUUUGACAUGAGCUUACAUUUCUAUCUGAUUUCUGUUUUAUAAUAGAUACGUAUUUUUUUUUCAAAUAACCUAUAUAUAUAUCUAUAAUUAAAAAUGCCCCUUAAGUAUUUAGUUAUAUUAGGGUCGGUAAGAGAUAACCGAAAUGGACUAAGAGUAUCAAAAUUUAUUCUGGAAAAGUUAUCACAUUUGCCUCACGAGUUUAAGCUCUUAGAUCCACUUGAAUUAAAUCUUCCUCUCGUACGAACUCCAUUGCAUUUUUUCAAAGAUCCUAAAGAAGCACCUCAAAUUUUACAUUCUAUAAACAAAGAUAUUGUUGAUAGUGAUGCAUUUCUAAUUGUUACUCCAGAAUAUAAUCAAUCGAUACCUCCUGCACUUAGUAAUUUGCUGAACUAUUUUCCUCCCGCUUCUUAUGCGCAUAAACCUUCAGCAAUUUGUUGUUAUUCAAUAAGUAUGUUUGGUGGCAUAAGAUGUUCUAUACAAUUGCGAGGAAUGCUAAUUGAAUUAGGUUCAGUAUCUAUACCAUCUUUGUUUUCAAUUUCAAAGGUGACAGAGGCAUUGAAUGAAGAUGGUACUGCUAAUGAUAAAACAAUGGAUGAAAGAUGUGAUAAAUUUUUAAAGCAGUUAGAAUGGUAUGCAAUGGCUAUAAAAGAACACAAAAAAACUAUUCCUCCAUCAUAAAUGCAUGAUUUAAUUUUUAUCCACAAGAUUAAGUUACAUAAUUGACUAAAUUAUUUAAUUUUAUUGUCAAAUUGCAUUUUGAAUGUAUUAUUUAAAAAAAAAUAACCACACAAUAUUUUAUUUAUUUAAAAAAAAAUAACCACACAAUAUUAUUUACUUAAAAUUUAUACACAUUUUAUAGUUUUGAGACUAUAUUUAAAUAACUAUGAUGAUCAUGGAUAAUUAUAAA